CCUAAAGAACCGAGAACACCCGGUAUAAGGUGCCCUUGCACGGUUAGGAGAAGGAAAUGUCUCCUAACUAAAAUGAUCGGUGCAUUGCACCAACACAGACAGACUUCUUCCUAUGUAGAUGAUAAGCUAGUACCCAAUGUGAUUUGAGCAACAAAGACUGUACCAAACAGCGCUAUUGGGAAAUGUUUACGCUAGCUGGCGAAUCAAGAAAAAAGAUCAACUCAAAUGCAAUGUGUCGUUGAGUGGUUUUACUCAGAAUGGUGGGAAAACUCUUUCGUCAGAUAUCCUUGAACCACGGGUCACGACCUUUACGACCUUCACCCGUUUGGACACAAGACGGUUUCAUCUCAUCAAACUGAUCGACAUUCUAAUAUCUGCCUAGCAAAGAUUGUUUCAUGCGACAUAACGAUAAGAGCGGUCUCUGGGUUCGAGUUUCCACUCUCCUGUCUCAACUCGAUCGACCGAUAGCGAGAGUAAAAGUCGUCCUCCCGUGUCAAGCGAGAGAAGCAGUUCGAUGGACUGUCGUGAUCGUCGCCGAUUGCAUUCGAACAUCGUGAGAGAAUUGUGUACUGCUCGCAAAGGAGAUGGAGUCGGCCGUCCUGCUGGCCUCAACCCCAUGUACACGCAUUGAUUAUGUUGCGCCGGUCAAUAUCAGCCUCCCACACUCUCAUCUCGCGUGCGCCCGCCCAACCCACCCACCGACCCGCCAAAAGUCCAAAAGGUGAUUCCCGUGGUAUCGUACGGGUUUGUUGGGCCACGGACACUGUUGUCAUUCCCCUACUCCUGCGCUGCUGUCAACAGACGCGGUCUCGGGUCGUGUCGCUCUCGGCGAGAAAACCCGACGACCGGGUUUAACCGGGCCGGGUUUUCGGCAGCAAGAUCAUUACGAUGCACGCGCUGGCCCAGGUCGCACGCACAUUAUACGCGCACGCUCGCCACCCGAAAGCAAGCUGUCGCCGUGACGAUCGUUCACAGUAACGCAACCGUGUGUUACCGCCAAAAGGGUCCCGGUUCGGGGUGGUGUCGAAUUGACGGGUGAUUUUCGGUCUACCGUCGUCGCAACACGCAUCUUUAUCGUAGUGAGUGUGAGAGUGUUUUCCCGACCGGAGGCAGGAAAAUUAAUGACAUAGUGUGGAACGCCAGUGUCAAGCCGUCGUUAAGCAGCGGUCGCGUGGUGUGCGCGUGCAGUUCGGUUAAAGAGAUUUCGUUAGUGUGCUUCAUUUACCGCGGAGUGAUUCGGCCGUGUGGUGCUGCAUCUUUCUAACCUCGUUCAACAUUAUCGACCGAAGACUUUGCCCGUCUGGAGUGGAAAACAAUCGGACGCGAAACACCGUGCGGCAUUUCGGUGCCGCUGUGUUGCUCUCCGUGCGUUGCGUCUUCGAACGACGGCAGCGGUAGGUCGGCACUCGGUUGCUGCUGUGGCGGGCGCCGCACACUCAAUGCGGUCGUUGAUGUUUGUUAUGUGAUCGAUGAAAUUUGCGCGAUCGCAGCCUCCAAACGGCCGCCGUCUUUGUCGUCAUCGCAACUGUGCAGUGCAAAGGGGCUGCAGCGUUGCCCAAAAAAGCGCCCAAAAAGGAAAGAAGGAAUCAACGAAGCACGCGAAGCAACAGCCAGCAGAAACACAAAACCGUGCAGUGCGCUGUGCUGUGGCCGGUGGUUGUCCGAAAAAUUGCAGCCAGCAGCGGGUACGGGCCCGUUUGCUGCCGUGCCAUGUGUUGCAAGUGGGGCGGAAAAUUUGCCCCCUCAUUUGCCUGCGUUCCCCAAACGCCGGGGGUUUCGGGGUGAUCUUUCCGAACCGGUCGGUGGUGAAACAUUGCAACGAGAGACGAGAGUCGGGCGAGGGGAAACGCCGCCAGAUCAAACAGUGCAAAAGGGUUUUGGUCGCAAAGCGGGUUCGCAUCUCCGGCCCGCAAUCGGUGAAGUGAAGAUCCGUGUCGAGCGCGCGGUUGUGUUCCGGGAUCGCCGCAUCCGUUUCGUCCAUUCGUUGGCCGUCGUCGGCACUGUGCCGGGGUGUGAUAAUAAAGAUUACGUAAACAAGCACGGCCCGACGGUCUGCUAGCAGUCCUACCGUUCGGCCUUUUUGGCUGCCCGACCUGACCCGAACGUGGAGUGACCUGGAGAGAAACGAGGAGCGAGGAUUGGAAGGAAGGCAAAGCGCAAAGAAAGUGCCGAAUAAAACCACACCCUAGCCGCCAGUCUGUGGUUCCUGUGUAACACGGCAGCUGAUCGAUCGGCAAGGUAAACGGGGAGGAUUUUGGCAAAGGCGGCACGUAGCAAGGGCGAGUCGAAGUGAACGAUCCCUUGGCAAAAGGAGAAGAAAUCGAAUUGUGUGCAGCAGCUGCAGCUGCAGUAGCGCGUAGAGCAUCAUUGCGGCUAGAGAACCUUUUUCUAAUUUAGCUAUCAAUGAUGCAGAAGAAGUUCGGUUCCAUUAUCUGCGUCGCAGUCCUGUUUGCCGGGCUGGGACUGACGGUCGUCGUUGGACACACAGCAACCGUGUCAAUAGCAGCCGGCAGUGAGGAAGACGACAGCACCAACAAUGUGGUUAACGUGACCCAAACCGAUGAGCAACCGUUGAGCAGUUGCAACGGCUCGCAGACCGCCACUUCCGACUCUGGAACCAGCAGCCCCUGUACCGGGGGCGGAACGCUUCCGACGCAACAGGCGCUGAGAGGCAAAUUAAAUAAUGCGACGUGCGUGAAUGCGUUCUGCGGCGUGGACGAUGGUGGUCGUCCGGUGGAAAGUGCCGAGGAGAUGGAUGACGAUGUGAUUAACGCCACCGUUAGCAAGGGCGGCGGCCACUCCCAGCAGCAUCAUCAUCGAUCACAUCUGCUUCCAUCGCCGGCGAUACUGGUGGGCGCCGACGAGGAAGGUGCCGGGGCGGCCCUCGAGUACGGGGGCAAGAAGGUGGUACUGAAGGCGGAAGUGCUCAAGCACACUUCCGUUCUGUACGGUCUCAUUUCGAUCGCCGAGCGGGACGAACUUUCGGAGCGGUGCUAUCGCGAGCUGCAGCGCGUGUACCACGGCAUCCAGCAGAAGGAGAUCUGGGCGAUGAAAGUUCUGGACGCAUCCGGGAGUCAGGAACCGGGCUUUAUGUGGGGUCACAACCACUGGAUCGGGUCCGAAAAGGGGUGCGAAUCGACGCGUACGCCCCUUUCGAUCACGCUAUCCGAUCGGUAUCGGCGCAACAUGAAGCGCAAUCUGGUCACUGCCCUAGCGCCGUUCGAACUGGACUAUCGGAUCGUGUUCGCCAAGCAUCAGUCCGCGUGGCAGGUGGAUGUAAAGUUCCAGAGCGAGAACAUUCUCCACAUCGGUGUGUGCAUUCCGCGAUCUUGCACGAACGACGAGUUGCACAAUCUGACGGCGCGGUACUUCGACGAGAACCUCGUCCUGGCGCAAGACAUCUACGAGUUCAAACCGAACGUGCUGCACGUGAAGAACACCGCGCUCGAUCGAGCUUUCUGGUCAAAGCCGAGCGUUUUCAUCAUCGGACUCUCACUCGCCUUCACGUUGCUGAUGGUCUACCUGGCACACAGCCGAGAGCAACGGUUGUUGGAGGAAAAGAACAACAAUCACACGACCGGACCAACCACUGUUCCGGGAGUGGCAGCAUCCGCUGAUGGCGGUCUGGCAGAAGAAAGCACUUUCCUCGAUCGAGUGAUCGAUAGCUUCAAUCUGCGCAAGAACCUGAACACAAUCUUUCGUACAGACACUGGACCACAGUCGCUGCCAGUGAUUUGUGGGAUGAAAUCGAUCUGCUGCUUCCUGAUUCUGUGCUUCCACAUGCAAUGGUACACCUUCUACACCGUGCACAAUCCAUCGGUGAUGCUCCAUUACGCCGAACAGAUUCGGUUCCAGCUGGUCAGCAAUGCGCCGCUACUGGUGGACGUCUUCUUCGCCAUCAGUGGCUUUCUGUUGAGUUACAACUUCAUCCGCAACCGGUCCAAAGUGCAGGAGGUCAAGGCGAAUACGCUCUGGGAAAAUGGCAAGCUGUACGGCAAGAUGCUGUUGCAUCGUUACCUCCGCCUUUCGCCAAUGUACCUGUUCGUGACGGUUUUGGGCGAACUGACGCACAGCUACAUCGUUGAGACGUCCAAGUUUUGGGUGCACGAGCGAUCCGAUCUCGGGUGUCAGCGAUACUGGUGGCGCAAUCUGUUUUACAUCCAGAACCUCUACCCCGUGGACGAUUUCUGCCUCAGCUGGACCUGGUCGCUGGCCUGCGAGAUGCAGUACUACAUGCUCUUCACCGUCCUGCUCUUUGUAUACGCCAAGAGCUCAAAGUUCGGCAAAAAGAUGUUUGGUAUGUUCGCGAUCGGCACGCUGCUCUUCAACAUUGGACUGACGCUGAACUAUCGCUUCAUUCCGUCGUACGACGUGCUGUACAACACGGGUGAUGCCCUGUACACUGCGCCCUGGUCUCGAGUGUCUCCGUACGUGGUCGGGGUCUACUUUGGAUGGCUGAUGGCGUCGUCUCGUGACAAGUUCACCAUCACACAGAAUCAAUUUCGAUGGUACUGGCUGUUGGCCUGCUUCUGCGUGAUCUUCAGCAUGCAUUCCACGAUCAAGCGCAACUUCCCAUUCCCGAUCGCCUCCACCGUCAUGGUGGCCGUACGGUGGCUGAUCUCGUGGGCUGCUUGCUGGGUGAUUCUAGCCACCGGAUGCGGUUACUCAAAUCUUGUAACGCGAGUGCUUUCUUCCAAAUUUUUCGUUCACAUCAACAAGCUGACGUACGGGAUCUAUCUUUUGAAUCCACUAAUCAUCAUCGUCACGUUUGGCGUGUCUGAUUCCAGUGCCCACGCCGACCCUAUACCAGCGAUCGUUAUGGCGCUCGGCGUGACAUUGCUUUCCUACAUGGCAGCGAUUGUCUUUUCCGCCUGCUUUGAGAUACCCUAUUGCAGAAUCUCGAACGAGAUCCUGAAGCUCAACCGGAAGGUUCCCAUCACCACACGUCCUUCUUCCACGACUAACAGCGAACCCAAACACCCUUCGUUUCCCCCGGUGAUCGAGAGCGAGCAAAAGAUUAAAUGAUGAUUACACACAGUGACCUCAAGAAAGUUUUCGCCCCCUUCGGAAACUGGGCCGCUAGUUGUAUAGAUGGUGCGGUUGAUUCUUACCAUCCCCCUUCCCACCUCUCCCGCCUCCUCCUUUGCUUAAGAUGGCCUGGGCGUUUCAGGCGCUCCUGCUGGUUGGGGGAAGCUGGUGGUUCUCUCGGCUCGGGUUGCUCAAAUCCAGUCGAUUUAGUUCUGUAAGGCAGUGCAGCAUGUGAUAUCUCUUCUUAUCGGUGAUUCUUGUCGGUGCAGAGAAAGGCAGAAGGAAGCAGGAUCUUGCCAUCUCCAAGAGUUUAAGUGUUAAGCGAUGACUAGUUAAGCGCUGCUCACUUUUACGAUGUGCAAAACGUUAUUUAUUAAUUUAGUAGCUAAGACACUUGUGCAGCCAAGGACUCUCCGGUCUUGCAAAAUAAACGACAUGAGCAUCCGUCAUGGUUUGACCUUCAGA